CAUGUUUACUUCCGCAAACAACGCGGACAAUUUUACUUAAAGACAAAUUUUUUAAAUAACAUGUACAACAGCUAUGGCAUCAUUAUAAAAUAUAUUUCCCUCUGAAAGAGAGUAAGAAAAGGUUAUGGUAUAUAUCUAAUACCCGUGGAUAUUUCACGUUCAUCACGCGGGUGUCAAUUCGAUACUGAUACUGUCAUUUCGGUAUCGAAGUUAUUAAUAUUUGCAUUGACCCAUUCUCCCCGGCCAAUAACAAAUUAAAUUGUUGUUUUUUUAGUUGUCUUUAAGCAUUGACAAGGGUAUUAUACUACUUGUAUCACCUGCUUUGUUCAUUUAUGGCUCAUCUGUCUCGAAGAUCUCCCAGGAUGUAAUCGUGGACAUUAGUUCAUUUACAUGUCAAGGUACCAGGAUGUAGUCGGAGCCAUUCCAGGACAUAUGCAUAACCACUUUGAUCACCUAGCCAACCAAAGCGAUGUGACAUUCUGUCGAAACUCCACUCGUGUGUUGUGGCGAGUUAGCGUGCAGUCAAAGGUUCGCUGGUUUGGACUCGGAAGACGUGUGUUUGCCGAAUGAACCUAGCCACCUUCAGAAGAAAUACCCAUCAUGGAAAAUACAUGAGAAUGAUUUAAUUACAUUUAUGCAUGGACGUUCCAUAUACAGUAUAUUUACUGCCAAUCAUUCUCAUGCUCAUUAUUACAACAGGGUAGUGGAACCUUGCUUUUGAUGCCCUAAAGGUCAGCAUGGCGAUGAAAAUAAGAGUGAUCAGCACAGUUUCUUAUGUCCUACUGGACGUUGUUAUCACCACAAUUUUAUACGCACAUGGAUCACACUUCAAUAUAUUCACGAAGGAGGCUCUGAACUUCAGCAUUCUGCAGUCCACGUUGGACAUCUGGGGGACUGUGUUGGUUCGAGCUUCUCUCCUUCUGGGCGCCUCCAUUGGAGUUUUAUGGAACAAAGAAGAUGGCCCGCAUAGGGUGUCUAACCUCACCAUUCUCAUUCUCUUAGUGUGCCAGACUAUUAUAACAUAUACUUUGGCCAAGCUGCUGAUGCUUAGUGAACUUGAAAGUUUAUCUCAUUGCCCCUGGUCCUUGAGUCUGAUAUUCUGGACGUGCGCGUCCUCGCUGGGAUUUGUGCUUCUGUGGUGGAUUCUUGGAAAGGAAUCUAACUCGGAGACAAGUAGCAGCAUCGACGAGGACACCGAAGAGUUGCUUCAGGCAGAUAAUGAAGAAGAGAAAGAGGUGAGCAUCGAGAAGGAGGCGAGUCGUGCAAUAAAGACAAAGACGCAGCGGAGCAGCACAAGAUCGACGCUGGGACGUCUCCUCAGCUACACGAAAAAAGACGGCGGACUAUUAACCGUAGCCAUCUUUUUUCUUCUCAUCUCUGCUGUGUGUGAAGCCUUCAUACCUUACUACUACGGGAAGGCAAUAGAUAGCAUCGUGGUUCACCACAGCAUGGAAUACUUUGCUCAACCUGCCAUCACGCUGACCGUCCUGGCCUUCGCAAGUUCAAUUGCAGUUGGAGUACGAGGAGGAGUGUUCACGCUUACAUUUGCGCGAUUGAACCUUCGACUCCGCAACCACCUGUUUAGAGCUCUGACAAGGCAGGAAAUUGGCUUUUUUGAUGAGAACCAUACAGGUGACAUCACCUCACGCUUGUCAGCUGACACCACCCAAGUGAGUGACCUGGUCUCCCAGAACAUCAACAUGCUCUUGAGGAGCACCAUCAAGGGCGUUGGCUUUCUCAUUUUCAUGUUUGGGAUGUCCUGGAAGCUGACGUUGGUGAACAUGAUGGGACUUCCUUUUGUCGCUUUUCUUUCCGAGUAUUACGGAAACUAUUACAAGAAACUAACUAAAGAGGUGCAGACGAGUCUUGCAAAGGCUAACAAAGUUGCAGAAGAAACCAUUUCGGCCAUGAGGACUGUACGGAGCUUUGCCAAUGAGCACCAGGAGGCCGACUCCUACUACGCCAAGCUCAUAACGAUGUACCAUCUCAACAAAAAACAAGCUCUGGCAUAUGCUUGCUACAUGUGGUCCACUUGUAUCUCAGAACUCGCUCUAGAGGUUACCGUCCUCUCCUAUGGUGGUCACCUUGUGGUUACCGGUCAAAUGGAAAGCAGCGAGUUGAUAUCGUUUUUCAUAUACAUGCUUGAAAUGGGAGAAUGUAUGGCGAGCAUCGCAUCGGUGUACUCGGGCCUCAUGCAGGGAGUCGGAGCUGCUGAGAAGGUUUUUGAGUACUUGGACCGGAAACCCAAACACCCGGACGACGGUGCAGAGACUCUGGACACGUGCGCCGGAUUGGUGGAAUUUCAAGGCGUCGUAUUUGCCUACCCUACACGUCCAGAGACUGAAAUCCUCAAGGGAGUGUCAUUUGCGAUAAGGCCAGGAGAGGUGACAGCGCUGGUUGGACCUUCAGGCAGUGGAAAGAGCUCUUGUGUGAACCUACUGGAAAACUUUUACCUUCCGCAGCAAGGUCAAGUGCUGCUGGAUGGGAAACCUGUUCAUACCUUCAAGCAUGAAGACCUUCACUCUAAGGUGGCUCUUGUGGGCCAAGAACCGGUGCUUUUUGCCCGGACGGUUGAGGAGAACAUCACUUACGGUUUGACCGACGUCCCCAUGGAGGAUGUUGUCCAGGCAGCCACAAAGGCGAACGCUCACGAAUUCAUCACCGACCUGCCCCAAGGCUAUCAGACAAGUGUUGGAGAGAAGGGCACACAGUUGUCAGGUGGACAGAAACAAAGGGUGGCAAUCGCAAGAGCUCUUGUCCGACACCCUCGUGUUCUCAUCCUGGAUGAGGCAACCAGCGCCUUGGAUGCAGAGAGUGAACACAUUGUCCAGCAAGCUCUGAACAACAUCAUGGAGGACCACACUGUCUUAGUGAUUGCGCAUCGGCUGAGCACCGUGGAGAAAGCGCACAACAUCAUUGUGAUCGAUAAAGGUCAGGUGGCUGAACAAGGCUCCCACAGUCAGCUGAUGGCCACCGGGGGACUUUACUCCAAACUGGUGCAGAGACAGGUUCUGGGCAUGGAGACGGGGGAGGACACAUUCAGCACAUCCAGGAACCUAUCCCGGAGGCCUGGUGGAAGUCUGAGCGGAGAAAACAGCCGUGCCAGUGAGGAAGAGAAUGAUGCCUGCUAUUGAAAAGAACCUGUGUGGAAAUGUGAUCCCACUGUGGGGCAUUUUGCUGCCACUUUCUGGACUACAUUGUAACUCUUGGAGAUGUUUUAUAACGAUGCCCGGAAGCAGGGAGUGAUUGCUCAUGUACAAAAUUGAGGCAUACUAGACCAGAAAUUGUUGUCCUCUGAAAUAAAACUUGAAUUUUGAAUUAAAAAUGAAACAGGCAUUAGUGUAU